UUUACAUUUGACAGAGCCAAGUAGCUACUCUCGAGGGGCUAUUUUGCAACUACCUGGUACUUGCUGCAUCUCCUGGUCUUCCAGCUAGUAACAUCUUUGUCGUCAGUCUGUCUGUAGCGGACCUAGUAGUAGCAGUGUACCCUUAUCCUCUCAUCUUGAGUGCCAUUUUCCAUAAUGGAUGGACACUGGGAAACAUUCACUGCCAAAUCAGUGGGUUCCUCAUGGGCUUAAGUGUCAUUGGGUCCAUUUUUAACAUUACAGUCAUAGCAAUCAACAGAUACUGCUACAUCUGCCACAGCCUCUGGUACAAUAAACUCUUCAAUCUGAAGAACACCUGCUGCUAUCUUUGCCUGACCUGGAUACUGACAGUGGUGGCAAUUGUGCCAAACUUUUUUGUUGGAUCCCUGCGAUAUGAUCCCCGGAUUUAUUCCUGUACCUUUGCCCAGACUGUAAGUACAUCAUACACCAUAACAGUGGUGGUUGUUCAUUUUAUAGUCCCCCUGUCUAUAGUGUCGUUCUGUUACCUACGGAUUUGGAUUUUGGUGAUUCAAGUCAAGCACCGGGUAAGACAAGAUUCCAGGCAGAAGCUAAGAGCAGCUGAUGUUCGGAAUUUUUUGACCAUGUUUGUGGUUUUUGUCCUCUUUGCUGUGUGCUGGGGGCCAUUAAACUUUAUUGGUCUUGCUGUCUCUAUUAAUCCUUUGGAAGUAGUGCCAAAAAUUCCAGAAUGGCUCUUUGUCCUGAGCUACUUCAUGGCCUAUUUUAACAGCUGUCUCAAUGCUAUGAUAUACGGGCUUCUCAAUCAGAACUUCCGAAAGGAGUACAAAAGAAUACUACUGACUCUGUGGGCUCCGAGGUUGCUGUUCAUCGACGUGUCGAAAGGUGGGUCGGAAGGACUGAAAAGCAAGCCCUCCCCAGCUGUAACAAACAACCACCAAGCUGAAAUACACUUAUGAAUCAGAGCAAUGCUAUGUAUUCUGGGGUACAGUUGUGUGUAUAUAGUAUGCAAAAGCUUUUCUACCUGCACAUUUUAAAAGCUGAUAUCACGGGGCCCAAUGCUGCCAGCAUUUACUCAUCCGAGAACUGGGUCCAUUUCUACACAUGGCAUCUGAGUGCCUUACUCACUCACAGAAGUACAGCUUUGAGUAAGGAUUUCCAGGAUGGAACCUACAGACUUUAUUUUUCACCACGUGCCUAGGUGACUUUGAUGCACUUGCCACACUGCUUCUCACAGAUGGUUAGUACCUAAGCAUUCAAAGUGCAUGUAGAUGCAGUUGUAGUUGAAACUAUAAGACCUAGCAAAAGAGCCCUCUAUUUUGAAUUUUUUUCUAAUUCCAUCCUUUUAGCAUUAAGUAAUGCUGAACCAAACGUACAAGAUCUGAGCUAUGAACUGCAUGACUAACUUUGUACCUUUUUAGGUUAGUUAGAUUAGUCGGUAGUCACAUAAUAUGGGCAUGAUGGCUUGCACUGUCUCUUUAGUGUUUUAGUAACUAGCCAGUAUGAGAUGCAAGGCAAAAGCACUGUUUUUGAAUCUAUACAGAUGUUGAGUACACUUGCACUUUCUUUUCCAGGCCGUGAACAAGAAUACAACAAGUGACCUAAUCUAAUUGCAGAAAGAGAUUCCGAGCUUAUUUCUAAUUUUAGGCAAUCUUCAGUAACGGCCUGCAUUCAUUCCAAACAUCUCUCAGAAGUCCCUGUCAUGUGAAUGUAAUGAAGUGUAACAGAAUCCCAUCCUUUUAAUUCAGAUGCCGACUUUUAAUAAAUAAAUAGAAAGGUGAACUCAGUGAAAAUAUUUGCACUUGCAGACAAAGGCAGAAAGAAAAGGGAACGUUCAUCCCAAACAUGUCUCAUCGCAUGUGCCCCAUUACAUGAAUGCAAUGAAAAAGGCAACUGGAGAGUUUUCCUUCUUUUUACUCUUGCAUGGAGUCACAAUAUGGAAAUGGGGGUGUGGAACCUAUGUAAAAAUAUUUACACGCCUUGAAAAAGAGUGGGAACAUACUCAUUUAAAGCCUGAGCUCUGCCCUUUUGUGAUUGCUGUCAAUGCACUGCAGUAUCGUGUAGGUCCGUGUUACAGGCGAAAUAUAUGCACAUUGGGCAGAGUUAAGGCUUCUUUAAUUGGUAGAGGGAUUUGUCUGCAAAUGUGAAAUUUUUUUUUUAACCCUUUAGACCAAAUUGAGUUCCUCCUUGAGAGGUCUUUUAAAAAACUGGUAGCAGAACAAAAAGUGAAGCAGUCCCAUUAAAUCAAUGGGAAAAACUCUGCUGUCAGUUAUAGGGUGUGCUUCAGUUCAAACCAGUAGAAUUAGGCUGGCUUUACAUGGGUGUAACAGCGACACCGAGCCUGCUCCUGUUGAUGUCAAUGGGAGUACGCUGUUGAUAUUGAUGGGGGCAGAAUCUGUCCCUUAUGGCAGUUUAUUUAUAUGACUAGUCUCAUUGGGCUAAAGACAGAAGGAUGUGACCAGGUCUCUUGUCAAAGAAAGGACCCAAUUCUGCAUUAAUGAAAUCUAUAUUUUUUGCCAUUGAUGUCAGUGGGAGCAGGAUUUGGCCCACAGGGCUGAUCCUCUGAGGUACAAAGGCCAAGAUUUUUCAAAGAUUUAGGCAUCUAAUGGAGAUGGGUGCCUAGUGGGAUUUUCAAAAGCACAUAAGCAGGUUAAGCACCUAAUUCUCAUUGACGUUAGUGGGAGUAGGGAGCUUAACCUGCUUACGCCCUUCUGAAAAUCACACUAGAUGCCCACCUGCGUCUGUAGAUGCCAUGAAUGCUUUCUGAGAGGUGCUGAACAUAGCUCCCACUGAACUCUGUCGGGGAGAGGAGUUGGGAGAAGUUGUUCGUUGAAGGACGAAGCCCAAAAAAUGUACACGGCACACCUUCUAAAUAAGCAAUACAGUGUAAGAAGCUGUUCUGUGGCAUGGCUUAUUGCAAUACAAAUUGUAUUUACAGGGGGCUAUGAUAAUUUGCUACUGCAUGUUUUCAGACUCCAACUUCUCAGCUGCUUCACAUGAUGAUUGUGUUUUAAAUACUUGAUACAAUUAUCUCAUAAUAGGAGCUAAAUCGAGUCAUGUUUUUAAAAAUUGGCCUUUGGCUCUUCAGAGUAUGGCCAAAUAAGGGUAUCUGAUGUGGGAAUUGGUCCUUUUCGCUUCAAACAAUACCCAUCUGAAUGGAUUUAUAUCCUUCUGUGCAAACAAAACAUUGAGUCAAACUUGGAUGCAAAAAGCACCAAGGAAUUCGUAACCGCAGGGUUGAGAGUUCAAGUUGUACUCACACAGCAAAUUCUGUUGCGCUGUGAUUAUCAUUUCAACUGGUUUGCAAUUAGUUGUUCAUUAGAAUCACAUUUGCAAAUAAUAUCCUUAAAAAGAAGCAUAUUUUGUUUAUUAAGACAAUCAUAUGGAAUCCUUUAAAAUUUGCCAAAUGUCUCCAAUUCUCCAUGCCCCACUACUGAGAUUUGAUCUCCUGGAUUCUUUCUCUUUGUAACAGAAUGUUCAGUGAAGGCCAUGUUGCUUUUUUUCUGAAGCUUACAUUUUGCACUGUCUUAUUCGAAACGCAUCAGAAAUAACAGCCAGUCAAAGUCAGAAUAGAACUUUUGAACACCAAAGACACUCCUAAGAUUUGGCUGCUUGGGAUAUCUGAUCUAGUCCUGUAGCAACAGGACUGCGUUAUGGAGCCCAAACUGCCUCAGUGGAACAGCACUCCAGGCCUGGGCUGUAGGAAUUAGAGGUGUUAUACUCCUAUGCAUCAAGAACAGUCACUGCUGACGUGAACUAGACAAUGUGACAGUACAAUAUUCUUGCUGCAGCCAUUGAGCACCCUCAGCUCACAGUGAGGUCAGUGAGAGCUGCAGGUACUCAAGGCCAUAUGGGGACAUGGUAGGAUCUACUGCACUGCAACUGCAGGUCCUUUAAUCGCCUGGGCAGCACCUGAUGAACACAGGGCCUGAUCCUGCCCCAUAAGAGUGGGAUUGGGUCCCUUAAAGGAACUUGGUGCAUCCUACAAAAUGUAAACGUCACUGUAGUGCAAUCAUUUCAGAAGCACUUUGCAUGUCUCGGUGUAAGUUAAGAUUGCCUGUAAAUGACCACAAUGAAGUAGCAGCUGUGGUUGGGACCUUGAGCCAAGCUGCACUGAAGCUGAUUUCUGCAACAUAAAGCAAGUUAAAAAUGGAGAGUUCAGCUUUGAGGGGAGAACCUGGUGCCAUGAUACCAUGAACAUGGUGCUUGGAAGUAUAGAUUGACUCUUAUAUUAAAUUCGUUUAAAAGUGCCCCAAGAAGGAGUUCCUUUGUUUGAAUUUCUGGUUGUGGCAGCCUAGAAGAGACUGCUAACUGAGUGCCAGGAGCUUAUUUGUUAACAUUUGUUUACUGGAAAAAAGGGAACUGGAUCUUAAAUUGGGGAUCCUGAGGAAAAGUUUGUGUUUCCCUAUUGGAAUCCAAAGUGGGGUUUUGAAAGUGAUCCCACAGCUUAGAAGGAACUGUCAGCUGUGGAUCUGGCCUUGAGCUUUGGAAAGUGAAGGUCAUAUUGGGAUCUCCCUUUUGCCAGUAAUAAACCAUUUGCUCUGGAUUAACCCUGGUGUCCCUAAAUACUGAAUUUGAGCCAUAAUUUUAAAAUUGCCAUAGUAGCCAUGAGUGAGAAUUUAUUGCCGUGACAGGAGAUGAAUCUCUUGCCA